AUGACGUCUGUGGGCAAAAUGGCUCCGCAGAAGGACUUCAUCCUCUUUGACGAUCCAACUCCACCCAUCCCUCUCGACAAGACAUCCACCCCUCCCUCUUUCGGAAACCUCGGUUCAUUUGGCAAGCACCGCUCUCCUCAACAGUCGCCCGCCUUUGGAGAUGAUGUCGCCCAGUUACCAGACACCCUCGACGAUCGAGGCGGCCCCCGGCGUAAGCGCCAAAAGAGUGAGCUCUACGCUGGCUCAUCGUCAUCCUAUUCACGCUCCAGCAGAGAAGGUACCACUGGCUCAUCGGGACACAACUCAACUGAGCGCACCACCCCUCCUGAUCCGCCCAGUGGCAGUUUGGGAGCACCCAUGCACGAUCUCAAUCUCGGUGAAUCGAUGCCUUCCCGCGGCUAUGACCCAAACGCCGCCUCUGCUUUGGCAUCACCAGCCUCUGCCGGCAUGACUCGCGAGCAGCAGGAACGCGUCAAGGCCCAGAUCCGAGCAGAGCUAGCAGGUGUCGAUACUCGUGCCUUCAAGGGACCCCUCAGGGACAUCCUCCAAAAGCACGACUACACGCCUCGACCUGUCGACAUGCAGACCAGUCCGCUCUCAGCAUCCUCCGAUCCCAUGCAAGCAGGUGUCGCCCCCUCUUUCAGCCUCUUUCCCGACUACGAGCUCGCCGGUCAGCCACGGAGUCAGUCUGGUCAGCCUGUCAAGAGGGAACCCCAAGACCAGCUGAAGACGGAUGAAGAAAUGCCGCCGCUCACACAGCGACCGUCCGAGUUGCGCACUCGUAGCAGCACCUUCGAAGGCGGACUCGGCGCCAUGUCGUACCCUCCCGCCCGUCAUUCGCAAAGCUAUUUGCCAGACUGGGCCCGUCAGACGGGUCAAAGCUCUCGCGAUGUGCACUACCACCAACAGCAGCAACACCAUCAGCAACAGCAACAACAGCACUAUAGCCAGCAACGACCGCACAUGCCGCCACCCAUCAUGUCGCAGAGUCAGCUGGCUCAGCGUGGCGGACCCGUCUCGAUGGCCUCGGCUGAACACAUCAGCGCGCCUGUGGGUGGAUAUGGCCCCGGCCCGGAUGGACGACGACCUCUGAAGCGCGAAUCCAGUGGUCUGACCGUCAGUCCUCAGGAAGCUUUCCUGGACUAUGACGACGUUGAGAACGCUCUGUCGCACUCUGGGCUUGGCAAGAUGCCGAGUCUCUUUGCCACGGUGCCACCCGGACUCUCGGACGCCAAACCCGGCCCUGGUCGCUACCAAGCCUCCCAUAGUGGCACCAACACCCCUCGCAUGAUGUCGUCGCAGAACGUCCCGCGCGCCCGCUCUUCCACCGGCGAGCCCACUUACGCCGCUCGCCCAGUCCCUAUGAGCCGCAACGACACUGCCCGCCCACAUCACUAUCAGAAGCGACCUGGCCCAACCGUCCAACAGGGGACCGGCAGCCGCUCCCCCUACCCAGGACAUUCUGACGGUCGCGGUUCCGCGAGCCAGUCCGGCUCUCAAAGCAGCCUCUUUAGCCCCGUCGACAGCGGUGACACGAUCUCGACCGACGACGACGAGGACGAACGACCCUACUACCCACCCAACAUGCGUCCCAGUAUGAUCCGCGGUGGCCCCUCGAGUCUGUACCUGAACUAUCCGACGAAAGCGGACGGUCGCGUGUCCGCUUCGCCGUCUGCACUGCCGCGACCGUUGCUGGGUAAAGAACGAACGUCGAGCAGCGGCCCGAAUGGCGCCUGGUCGCACGUGCGCAACGAACCGUGGGCGUUGAGGCAGGCGCACAUGCAGCCGCGCUUUUCCGACGUGUCUGCGAGUAGUAGCGACUCUGAUGAUGACAGGAGCGGAAGGAGGUGGCAUCGACAGGAACGUAGUGCGUAUCCGCAUCAUCAUCACUAUCCGCAGUAUCAGCAACCGCAUUCGAGACAGUCGCCGCUCGACCCGCGCACCGCACAACGCCCGCCGCUGCCGCACCACCAGUCUUCGUCCGAGGAUGUGGACGACACCGAUCGGCAGUAUGGACGGCCCUACCCACCGCGACACGACUCGAGGUCGCACAUGCCCGGCGCGCUGGGUGGCUACGGGUACAUUCCUGGUAGCCAAGAGUCGGGUCUCAGCGUGGCCCCUCCCCACCGGGACGAAGGCAGCAUUAGCCCGUCCAUCCGGCGUUCGGCACCGGAACCUCCACCGCUGCUCACCGCUCGACCCGCGCCCACCGCCGCACCUGCCCGUGCACCACCCAGCUCCACCGACAGCCUCCCCAUCAAGGACGAUCGCAUCGAAACCGGUGGUGACGCAGAAGACUCCGAGACGGGCACCAACAGCAACGCUGGCAACGAAAGCGAUUACGAAGACUCGCCCGAGACCCACCCCAAGAAACCCGCGUCCGAACCUAAGCCGCGCACCUCGUCGAAUGGGAGCAAUGCCAAACCGGGCGGCAUCCCCGCAACGGAUGGCACGACAAAGUGCGACUACGUAAGCCCUAUUACGCACAUUGCGUGCCAAACGGCGUUCCAUCGCCCAUACGAUCUGGCCAGGCACAGGGAGACCAUCCACGCCAGGGAGGAAGCGGGCUUCAUGAGGGAAGGAAAGUUGAAACUCCAAGACUGCGUCGUGUUGGGCAAAGAGGUGGAUCCGAAAAAGAGCACCGCGGUCGUCGAGUGGAAGUGCAAGACGUGUGGAGCGAACUUUAGUCGCAAGGACGCUAUGCUGCGGCACGAGAGGUUGAGACAUAAUGCUGCCAAGUAG